AUGGCUUCGCCUCAACAACUUCGCACCACGGCAACUGAUCUUCUGGGGAUCAAGCAUCCAGUCCUCUUGGCUGGUAUGAACGUUGCUGCCGGUCCCAAACUCGCUGCCGCAGUCACAAAUGCCGGAGGUCUCGGUGUCAUCGGAGGAGUUGGCUACACUCCGGAUAUGUUGCGAGAGCAGAUUGCUGAGCUGAAGAGAUAUUUGAAUGAUAAGAAUGCUCCUUUCGGUGUUGAUCUAUUGCUUCCUCAGGUUGGAGGAAAUGCGCGAAAGACCAACUACGAUUACACCAAGGGCAAGCUCGGCGAGCUGAUCGAUAUCAUCAUCGAGAGUGGAGCGCGCCUCUUUGUCUGCGCUAUCGGUGUCCCACCCAAGGCUGUCGUCGAGAAGCUCCAUGCCAAUGGAGUUCUCUACAUGAACAUGAUCGGCCACCCCAAGCACGUCCAGAAAGCCAUCGACAUCGGCGCAGAUUUGAUAUGCGCUCAAGGUGGCGAGGGCGGUGGACAUACGGGAGAUGUCCCUACCUCCAUCCUUAUCCCCACCGUUGCCAAGCUCUGCGCACAACACAUUAGCCCCUUCACCAAACAACCAGUCCAGUGCAUUGCCGCCGGAGGCAUCUUCAGCGGCCAAUCUGUGGCCUCAGCUCUGAUGCUUGGCGCUUCUGCCGUCUGGGUUGGUACCCGUUUCAUCCUUGCAGAUGAGGCCGGUGCCCCCGAAUCUCACCAAGAGGCUGUCCGCACCUCCGGCUUUGAUGAUAAUAUCCGCACCGUCAUUUUCACUGGACGACCCUUGCGCGUUCGCAACAACGCCUAUAUCCAGAACUGGGAAGAAAACCGCGCCGAAGAAAUUAAGGAGCUCACUAGCAAGGGUAUUAUCCCCGUUGAGCAUGACUUUGAAAACCUCCCCGACGACACCGAUGACGACAUGAUUGAGAACGCCCGUCCGUUCCUCAUGGGUAAGGUUGCUGCCGUCGUUAACGAGAAGAAACCUGCCAAGGCUAUUGUUGAUGAGCUUGUUGGGGAUGCUGUGAAAUGGCUGCAGAAGGGAAACAAGAUGAUUGCUAAGUUGUAG